GUUUUAUAAGUUUAGUAGAUUAGACAGCAUCCCCUUCGCAUACACGUUUAGAACAGUAUAGCUGCCAUCUCGUGAAGUAGAAAUAUGAACGCACUUGUCGCCUUCAGGGCUUUGGCCCCCGUUAUGAGCUCGUCCAUGCGAACCGCUGCAGGACCCUCAGUGGUUGUUGCGAAGCGCUUCGCCCAUCACGAAGAAUAUGGAGAUGCGUGGAACAAGAAGUGGGUUCAGUUCUUCGAGGCCGAGAAUAUCAGAAAGAAGGUCUUACACCGUGGAUUGAACGAUGUGUUCGCACACGAUUUGGUACCUGAGGUCGAGAUUCUGGUGGCUGCUAUCGAGGCUUCCCGUCGUGUCAACUCCUUCGGAACAUCUGUCCGUAUCAUGGAGGGUCUUCGAGAGAAGGUCGCUACCCAGGCCGAUUACGAUUACAUGAUCGAGCAACUUCGACCCACCCUAGACAAGAACGGAGUCUCCACACCCGAAGAACUUGGUUUCCAGUAGACGGUUAUCUGACAGUCGUUUAUGCUACCGGUAUCGAUGGCAGAUUUUCCCGAUCUGUUGCUGCCGAGUACUGGUAGAAGUAGUUAGGUCGUACGGGACACAAUAAAGAGUUGACAUGAAAAUAUGACGAUAA